AUGUUCUCCAGCCUACGCACAUUCUACUCGCAAUCAUUCAACAUCCCACCGCCCUCCCUAACGGAACACAACCUCCCCGACCAAAGCGGCAAAGUCUUCCUAAUCACCGGCGCCAACACCGGCAUCGGCGCCCAACUCGCCAGCAUCCUCUACCAACGCAACGGCACCGUCUACGUGGCCGCGCGCACGGCCUCCAAAGCCCACGACACCAUUGACCGAAUCCGCCAGAGCCAUCCAUCGUCGACCGGGCGUCUGGAAUACCUCCAUCUCGACCUGUCCGAUCUGGCCAGCGUUAAAGCCUGUGUCGAGGACUUCCUGGCCCGCGAGACGAAAUUGCAUUGGCUGAACAACAAUGCCGCCGUCAUGGCUCCGCCCGAGGGCUCGACGGGCGCCCAGGGUCUCGACUUGACCUACCAGACCAAUAUCCUUGGACCGUAUCUUUUGACGAAAUUGCUCUUGCCUGUGCUGCGACGUACUGCUGCUGCUGCUUCAGAGACUACUUUUACUCCUGCCCCAGUUCGUGUCAGUUGGGCUGGAAGUAUAGGUAUCAUCCUCAACAGUCCCCGGGGUGGGAUUUCCUGGAAGAGGAAAGAGGAUGGUGACGAUACGCUCGAUGACUCUCUCGGUCUUAUGACCGUCUACUCGGCCAGCAAGGCUGCUAAUUGGUUUUUUGCCCAGGAGUUUGGCAAGAGGUUUGGAGAUCGAGACCGAGUGUUGCAUAACUGCUACAACCCCGGAAACCUCCAAUCCGAACUCCAACGCCACAGCGGAACCGCCAUGCCCCGCUGGUUCAACUGGCUCCUACACAGAUUCCUCCUGUUCCCCGCCAUCUACGGCGCCUACACGGAGCUGUAUGCCGGGCUGUCGCCCGACUUGACGCUCAAAGACGACCAGGGUGUCUAUGUCGUGCCGUGGGGCCGGAAGAGUGGUGUCGACGGCGCGGAUGGUAUGAGGCGAGAUAUCCAGCUCGAGGCGGCCAAGGAGGGCGGCAAUGCGCAGAAAUUGAUGGAUUGGUGUGAGAGGGUCACGAGAGAGUUUUGCUGA